CUGGAAAUGGAAAGCAGAAGAAGACACAUCGAGUCAGUUAGAGGAUAUAGUUCUCUAAAUAGAAGCCUCAGAAGCACUAUGAUGAGCACAUUUAAAAAAAGCUCAAUUGAUUUAUCAAGAAUUCACUCAAGUGUUGGAAAGAAAUUAUCACUGACCAGUGGAAUCAAGUUCCCAGUCAGCAAGACUCCUAUGCCAAAAUAAAUCUAUUUUUGUGAAGAGAAAAUCUAUAGCUAAAGAGAAGAUCAAUUCCCUUCUUCGGAGGCAAGCAGACGAUACAUUAUUUCCUUUUAUUCACAGAAAUUUGGAUAGGACUAAAGACAUAGAACGAUCGAUGAUCAAGAUUGAGCAAAUAAAACAAAAUCCUAGAUCAAUAAGGAGGAUAAAGCAUCUUCCCAAGUGUAAUCUUGAGAGGUUGUGGAGAGAAACAAUCUAUAUCCCAACAAAGUUAUCUAAGUCUGCUCUCUCAGGAGCUCUUUACUCAAACAUCACUUCUAUCAACCAAAGGAAAGAGCAUGAUUUCUACCGAGAGUACACUGAAAAGGUGAGGCUUCGCAAACAUUACCGUUUCAAAUUUUCAGUGCAUUUCACAGAUAAGGAAUUCACCCAGUUGACGCUAGGUGAAUUUAUCAAGCUAGGUGAGAAGCGUCGCCGGCUUGAAAAGCAGAAAAGUAGGAAAAUCAGAGCUGCAAUUGUUAUACAGAAGCUGUUCCGCAAGUUCAUUGCUCAGAAACGGUAUAAGGAGUACAUCAAGAUCUACAAUGAGAGUCAAAAGAGGAUAAUAGCAGCCCUCAAGAUUCAAUGAUAUUACAGAAAUCGUAAGAAGCUGAAGAGGAUGAUAGAGCAAGAAAGGGUUAGGCGUUCCAGAGCUGUUAAGAAAGGACAGAUCUACAAGUUCAUACUCAGGUAUAUCAUCAAAUACCACUACCGCAAGCUUAAGUUGAAGUUCUUGCUCAAGAAUUUGGAUAAGCGAUUCAAGCUACAAAGACAAGAACUUGUGCUUUCGUCAGUUUUAAGGAUCCAAUAUCAUACAAGGAAGUUCUUAAAGAUUUUAAGGAAGAAGAGGGCUAAAGCAAAGCUGAUGAAGAAGAAGAUUAUCCAGUACAGAGUACCUAAGAAAAAGAAAAAGCAGCCUUCGAAAUGGCGCAUAGUUAACAGAGGAGGCAAGAUCCAACGAAUUAACAUUGCCUCAGAAAAGAGAGCCAAGGAACUUAAGAGGAAGGAAAUGGAAAGAUUAGUCAAUAAACAUGGUAGCUUCAGAGAUAUGUCUCCUUCAAUCUCUUCAAUCUCAGACAUUACUGAGAGGAAGAUAUCUUCUAUAACCGUUAAGAUUGUUGAAGAGGAAUACAACCAAAAUUUAGAAGAAAGUCAAGAGUUUAGCACACCUUCUGAUAACAAAAAGUCUUCUGAGCUUACAAACUCUUCUGAAAUGAAAAGUAAAAGCAACUCUUUGCCCAGGAAAUCUUUGUUUGCUAAAAAGGAAGAAAAUUCAGAGAUGAGUGAUAGCUCUGAAUCAUCAGAGUCCGAACUAGAAGAAAGUGAGACUUCCCAGAUCACUCCUUCUCAGCAAGAGAUUUGAAAGAGAAGGAAAUCGAACCCUGAUGCUCAGCUUAGCAAAGAAGAGAUUUAUCCCCCAAACUUUGAUGCCUCUCUUAAAAGACUAAGCUUGUUUGAUAAGAGCGCCAAUAUGGACUUGAGCCAGGUAAAGGAUGAAAUCGUGAAGUCCCUCAGACAGAAUUUGAAGUUUUAUAAUAAAGUACUGAAUAAAAAGGAGGAAUAGU